AUGACAUCUCAACCAACACAAGAAACCUUUGUUCCCGUCUUUGUAUCUUAAGAAGAAUACAACCAAAUUCUCUAGCAGCCCUCUUACUUGCACUAAUAAUUAUUAUAAGAACUAUAUCAAAAGAAAUAACAGUAAACUUAGUUACAAGCAAGCUAGCAAAUGCAUCCUUAUUUAUAAUUACAACAAUAGACUCUUAAUCAAUCACAAAACUAGAAUGUAUCAAUUAACAUACCAAAAAUACCUACUAGUCCUAACUAAAAUUCUUAACCCCAGGGAUAUCCAUAUCAUAAUUCAUAACUUCAAUAAUAAUUAUUAUACUAGAAUCAAAAUUAAAUUUAAAACUAGAAUAAUCUUCCUAAAGUAUAAAAUUAACACUUGAAACAUACUUCAAUUCAAAAAGCUGGAACCUAAGAACGUAAAUUCUUUUUUUAAACAUUUACUACUCUGUUUAUGGUUGAAAUAUGCAUAUCGCUAUUUUUUAACACUAUUUCUGCUUUAACCCGUUUAUAAGUGGUAACAAGUAACUAUACUUGGGGUCCUGGAUUAUGGGCAGUUUUAAUAUUAUUCAUACUAUUGAAUUUGUUCAUCAUAACUAAUACGACCUACAUAACUCAAGUAAAUAAUUAGUAUAACAAUUUAGGGGACUAAUCAAUUCGCGUUAUAUUGGAUACAUUUAGUUCUAUAUGUUUUGCUUUUGCAAGGAAUGCAAACAGCUGUGUCUGGCAGUGAUAUAAUAUUUUCCUGGGACACCAACUACUUCUACUACUUUUACCUUUUGAUCUGUGUUGAAUUCAUUUCAGUCAGAUACGCAAUCAAACAUAAAGGAGUCAAGAAACCUAUACAAGAAUAUCUCAUCUACUUAAUCUUCCCACCAAUCAUUGCUUACAGUGUAGAAUUCUUCAGUCAGUAUUAUCGAUUUUUCUAUGUCCCAUUAUUUUUAUGGCUCCUUGUAGUCAUUCUUAUAGGAUUUGGAUGCAUGUUACUUAUGAAAAAAAUCGAAUAAAAAGGAUAUGUACAUAUUUAUUCUAAUAUUCUUAGAACAACUUCAAGACUAACCAUGUAUUUGCAAUGGCCAUGAGUUUUCCUAUUUUAAUGAUUAGUCCAUUCUAUGAUGAAGAAUGA